GCGAGCGGCGCCGCUGGGACGAGCAGCGGCGCCAGGAGCGCCGCCGCCAGGAGGAGCUGGUCAACCAGCGCGACGCCGUCGACCGCAAGGUGGUGUACGUGAACGGUCUGUCGCCCAGCGUCACGCACGACGAGCUCAGGAAGAUGUUCGGCUGCUUCGGCGUCAUCACCAAGAUCAGGAUCAAGGAGAGGGACCCGGCCAUCGACCUGUACCGCGAGCAGCGCGACGGCUGCUACGCGUUCAUCACGUACGUCUCGCACAGCGCGGCGGUGGCGGCGCAGGCCAACGGCAGCGCGCGCUAUCCCCAGCUGGAGGUGAAGUUCGGUGGCCGGCGCGAGUUCUGCCUGGACCAGUACGCCGAUCAGGACGCCGACCUGAACAACCCGGCCUACUACGGCAUGAAGGGCGGCGGGGACAGCGCGCUCGACUUCGACACGCUCCUGCAGAUGGAGAUGCAGCGGGUGAAGAAGACCGGCCACCCGCACAACACGGUGGCGUGAGCGCGUGCAAUGUAGCUAGCCUGGCCGAGCGCGUAGUGUCGUGUGUGACCGCCGGCGGGAGCGGGCGUACAGCGGGCGCCGGCGCCCACCCUGUGAUAACGCGAGACCGCUUUUCGAUACUGGUUUUACUCGGUUCUGUGAUGAGAAGCGGCGGGGCCGAGCUCAGCUCAGCUUAGCUUAGCUUAGCUUAGCUCAGCUCAGCUCAGCUCAGCUCAGCUCAGCUCGGCUUAGCUAAGCUUAGCUCAGCUCAGCUCAGCUCAGCUCAGCCUUUGUACCACUUUUGACAAUGCUGGAUGUGACAUGACACGCGCGCCGCGUGAGCUCGCUGUGUCGGGCUGCUGGCGGCGGCCU